UUAGCAACUAAGAUUACACCUUCCUCUUAACUUCUUCUCUUUUUAUUUUAUUUAUAUUUAUAUACCCUUUUUUCUAUAUAUAUAUAUAUACAACGCUACUUUCAAAAGACUACAUAUUGAUAUCUGUGUAUAUAGCAGUAUCACAAACCCCAAAGAGUUUUCUUGAAUUGAACAAAGAUGGAGUUUUACGCAUACCCAUCUCGUGCUUUGCCUUCAUCGUCAUCAUCCUCUCUUUCUUCUUUUUCAAUCGGAGAUUUGGUUGAUAGGGCCAAAGAUUGCUUCUGCCUUGCCGUCUCUACAAUCGUUGGCAAUGUAUUCUCUGCAAUCUUCACCUUCUUCUUCGCACUAGUGGGCACCUUAUUAGGAGCAAUGACUGGAGCUUUGAUAGGGCAAGAGACAGAAAGUGGAUUUGUUAGAGGUGCUGCAGUUGGUGCUAUCUCUGGUGCUGUUUUCUCUCUUGAGGUCUUUGAAUCAUCUCUAUUGCUAUGGCAGUCCGAUGAAUCUGGAAUUGGAUGUGUUCUUUACUUGAUUGAUGUAAUAGCGAGCCUGUUAAGCGGUAGAUUAGUUCGUGAGCGGAUUGGUCCAGCUAUGCUAAGUGCAGUGCAAAGUCAGAUGGGAGCUGUUGAAACUGCAUACGAAGAGAUCCCUAACAUUUUCGAUACAGGCGGGGCAAAGGGUUUGCCUGGAGAUUCUGUUGAAAAGAUCCCCAAGAUUAUAAUUGCAAAUGAUAAUGAUAUGGAUGGUUCUGGAGAGAGAGUCUCCUGUUCAGUCUGUCUACAGGACUUUCAACUGGGAGAGACUGUUAGAUGCUUACCACAAUGUCAUCACAUGUUUCACCUUCCCUGCAUUGAUACAUGGCUUUUGAGACAUGGAUCUUGUCCAUUGUGCAGAAGGGAUCUGUAGGUGACCAUACUCUGUAAAUUAUAACAUGGUUAUUUUUUUUCUUCAUACUCUCUUAUAGGAUUUCUCUAUUUCUUUUGUCCUCACUUGUACCAAUUUUCCUGGAAAUAUAAUGUAAUUAGAGUAUGUGCUCCUUUGAGCUUGGUCCUUGUAGUUGAUAACCACUCCUGUACAGAAUUAAAGAAUUUGAGCAAUCAUAGUGUACUACUUCCACAAAAUAGUAGUCUUGUAUUGAUGUGCCA